CCUUGUCACUUGUUUUUAUAUGUAUUUCUUGUCCUGUCCUUUGUCCGCAGUCAAUGAUGUAAAGAUACAAUGGGUUCGCCUCCUUCUCCUCAUUAUUGUACUGAUCUUUUCUAACUUUUUUUCUUUUCAAUAAAGCUUAUAAGAACCACAAGUGAAUUUUUAGACAGAAUUUGCGCUCCUUCACGAUUCUAUUUUAUUCAUACGUAGAAAUCCUGUUUAACCUUUUCAGGGUAAAAGUUCUAUCGUUUCUUACUUUUCUUCUUUCAUUUCUAUGAAAAACUAUAAGAAUUUGAAGCAAUAACAAUUCUGACGGCAACCCUAAUGUCAGUAAAUAAAUUCUUUCCAACUGACUUUAGUCAAAACUAGGGUUUUAGAAAACUGAAAAUGACACAAAUGAACAUUAUAUCGUUAAGUUCAGCAGGACCGAACACCUCAAUGUCUCAAAUGAUGUAUCUCCCCCUCCCUCUCUCCCAAUAUAAGAAGAUCAACGUGGUCUUCUAUUUUGGCAAGCAGCUCAAGUCAAGUUUUGGCCAAAAGUCAUGGAGAGGAUCUCUAGAAAAAAUGAUAAGACAUAGUCUUCGAUUAUGAAGAAGAGAAAUUACAUUUAAUUCUGUUAAUGACUACAAAUCUUUUAAAUUGGAACUCUCUUUAGAAUAGCGAUAUAAAAGAUAAACUAAUCAUGUGAAUUUAUACCAUUGUAGAAGUAAGUCAGUUCAAUGUGCGCUGCAUUAUUUACAAACGCCGAAGAGAAUUUAUUACCCACUGGUAAUAGUGACAAGCCGUACGCAAACGCGUCUUUAUCCAUAGAAACUUUGGAUAAUCAUUGUACAAGACGAUCUGUAUUUGAAUUAAACUUACUUUGUAGUCACACAGAUAUAUUUGAACAAACUGUACGAUCGCAGAAUGAUACAGAAGUACCAAACAUGGGUCAAUAUUUUAAGACGAACAAUUCACAUACGGUUGGACCAGUACAAAUAUACAAAACAAAUCAUAAUGAAAAACGAAUUAGUGUACAGGAACAAUCGUAUUAUAAUACUGUUCAUCCUACCAAAUAUUCAAUACGUGGUAAUACUUACAAUGUUGGAACAUCAUACUAUCAUUUAGAUAAAAUUGCAGAUAAUGUUGUAUCAGCAUUACAUCGAUUAUCCAAUGAAGAAGUAGCGAUUAAAAAGCUUGAACUUGAUCUAUCAGGUUCUGAAUUAGAUAAAUUAAAAUUUUGGAAAAAUGCAUAUAAAGAAAUGAAAAUAUUAAAUACAUUAAAUCAUAAUAAUAUAAUUAAAUUACGUGAUGUUAUUUUACGAGACGAUCUAAAUGAAAUAUAUUUAGUACAAGAUUUAAUGGGUCAUGAUUUAUCUAAAAUAAAACAUAAAUUAACAAUAGAUAAUAUAAAACAUUAUAUGUAUAAAAUACUAAAAGGAAUUAAAUAUAUGCAUUCAAGAAAUGUUAGUAAGUAUGAAAAGACACCUGUUGAGAAAACGGGUACCCCGAUCAAAAAUUAG